CUACUCCUACUUCCGGCUUUGGCGGGGCCUGGCGUUGCCUUGGCUUCCCCUCGAAAAUAAAUAUCUUGUCUGUCUGUUUCGUGAGGGAGGAAGCGAUGAGUCUGGCGGACCCGCUGGACGUGAAGGCGGCUCUGCAGGCCCGAAACGACCCUGCUUUGGAUUCUAACGAUAAUUCUCCCGAUGAAGGAUUAAUAGAAGACUUCACUGUUAUAGACCAGAAAGCUGUGGAGCAGCUGACAGAAGGGCUGAUUUCACAUUAUUUACCAGAUCUACAACGAUCAAAACUAUCCUUAAAAGAGCUAACACAGAACCAAGAAGUACUACUAGAAACUCUGCAGCAAGAAAUCUCAAAGUUUAAAGAAUGCAAUUCUGUUCUUGAUAUCAAUGUGCUGUUUUCAGAAGCAAAGUACUAUCACAACAAGUUGGUAAACAUUAGGAAGGAGAUGUUGCUGCUGCAUGAGAAAACAUCAAAGUUGAAAAGAAGAGCUCUCAAACUCCAGCAAAAGCGGCAGAAAGAAGAACUGGAACGAGAGCAGCAACGGGAAAAAGAGCUGGAAAGAGAGAAACAGUUAACCGCCAAGCCAGCUAAAAGAACAUGAAAGCCGAACGUGUCUUGGCUUGUCGAAUUAAUUACACUAUUCUCUGGACUUGGUGGGGAGGCCCAUGUCGUACCUCUUGAACCUGAUGUUCUUACUUGCCAAGAAGUCUAUUAGUUCAGUAUUAGCGUUUCCAGGUUGCUAUUUCCUAAUCAGGAAAGCAGGAACAGGGAGCUUACCAGCAGCUCAGUAUGCCUUUUUGAUUAACGGUAUACAACUUAACGUUGCUGUGUCAGCCUUUUUCUUACUUCCCACAAAUAGAACAAUGUAUUAUUUAACAACAUCUUAGAUGGUCUAGGUUGGUGCAUCCUUGUCCCAUGUAUGAAUGUUUUGUUGAUAGCUGACCUCUACCUCAUUAACUAUAGGCUUAAUCUUUAAGUCUGGUUUACAAUUCUUGGCUCGUUGAUUCUCCCUUUCCUGUUGCCGUGUACAAAAUAAGCGUGGCAGCCAUAAACCGACUAGGAAUGAGAAGCCCGUAAGACAACCUUGUCCGUUUUAUUUCAACUCUGAGAACAUAAGGCACUGCUGGCGAAGUCAGGCUUUUAGAUUCAAUUAUGUUGUCUUCCGAUCAUGUCAGAAUUAAAGUAUGUCUGUAAAAACCAAGGGCAAAUAAGUGGAGUGCUCUUGCAUAACACUGAUUUCAGUGGUGGCAGUAGUGAAGUUUACGUGGCAAAACUGUUGGCUCUGCAUACGCUGCAGGUUCCUGCUGAAAUCGCAAAAUGUGGAUGAUACAGGGCCCUCCGGAUGUGGUAAUACUAGAAUUCCCAGAAGCCCUAAUCAGCACAGCACAAACAACAGUCAGGGAUGAUGUGAGUUCUAGUCUAGCAGCAUCUCGAGCGCCAAAAGUUCCCCAUCCCUUCCAUAUUUAAACUCCCAUGUUUAGAGGGUUGGAGGGUUAGGGCAGGCUCCCCAACCUUCGGCCCUCCAGAUGUUUUGGACUACAAUCCCCAUCAUCCCUGACCGCUGGUCCUGUUAGCUAAGGAUCAUGGGAGUUGUAGGUCCAAACAUCUGGAGGGCCGCAGAUGGGGGAUGCCUGGGUUAGGGUGUUGGUUGGAGGGUUAGGGAUGGGGUUAUGGGCGAGGGAGAGGGCCAGAGGGUUAGAAAGGAUUAGAGACAUAUCUAGGGAGCCCCUUGAAAGUUAUUGUAGAUUAUAACCGUUGGUUCCAGCUUUCAUAGUGGUGCUCCGUAGCAAGUGGUUUUAGAAUUGUAGUUCAAUAUGCAUUGCAAUGACAUCUUCUAUAUGUGGCAAAAGAAUAGAAUGACAUCUGAACAGCUAGAAAGCUAGUGGAAAACUCCAUGUGUUGAGUCCUUAUUGCUUCACUUCAAUGUAACAUGUUUGUUUUUUUAUGUCCAUGUUUCUAUGUCCUCAACUACUCAAAUUAUGGAAAAAGCAAAAAAAAUGACUGCUGUAACUAAGGCCAAUUGGAUUUCAAACAAUCUUGGGGGCCAAAAUGGGUUACCUGACUUGGUUGCAGAUAAUAAAAAGCAUACUUUAAAAGGU